AUGCCGUUAUACACAACCCCAGACAACCACCCUCAGCAAUCGGCUGCUGCGGCUGCUCAGUUCGGUGGGUACCCACCGGUGGCAUCCUCCGGCCAUCUCCUUGAGAAGCAACAACAGCAGCUGGAAAUGUUCUGGACUUACCAGCGACAACAAAUGGAGAAUGCUAAUGAUUUCAAGAAUCAGCAACUUCCUCUUGCCCGUAUAAAGAGGAUCAUGAAAGCUGAUAGGGAUGUCCGUAUGGUCUCCAGUGAAGCUCCUAUCUUGUUUGCGAAGGCUUGUGAGUUCUUCAUUUUGGAACUCACCACUCGUUCUUGGCUUCACGCCGAGGAAAACAAGCGAAGGACUCUUCAUAAGAAAGACCUCGAGGACGCGAUUUCGCGGGAUGAGAUUUUUGAUUUCCUUGUUGACGUUGUUCCUGGUGAUGAGAACGAGGAAGAAGCUGAUGGUAUUGGGCCAGGCAUUAUGGGCUCCACAGAAAGUGAUGGGCCCUUCUAUUACCCUCCAAUGGGACAGCCUGCUAUGCCGGGGGUUGAUAUGUCAAUGUACCUCCAGCCUCCGCCAUCGCCGUCGCAGGCGUGGCAGUCAGUGUGGCAGGCGGCUGCUGCUGCUGAUGCUAGUGGACAGGAUAACCCUGAUGAUCAAAGUUAAAGAACAUGUUCGCUGCUGAUCUGGAUGCUUAGUGGCAGAAAGGAACCUAUUAGUUACUAAUGCUACAGGUCCUCUCAAAUGUGAACGCACCUUAUUGGUACUGUCCAUGGAUACCGGCUUAAGUGUAAUGACUUGAAUCCUUUAGUCGUUGUCUUGUCUGUCUAAAACUGUGUAGUUUAUCUGAAUUCUGAUGGAGUUCUGGUUUUCAGUAUUAUUAUAAACUGACCUUUCUACCCACAAUUGCAUAAUUGUGUAUGUUACUUUAAUUAGUUCUCUUUCUGCACUAUAGAGUUUUGACUAUUGUCCUCGUGCUAUACUUGGAUGAUGGAUCCACCACGACUUAUCGGCAGUGGGAUGACUAGUAAACCUAGUGGGCACCGAAGAGUGUAGCCUAUUAUCUGAGUGAUAAAGUGGUUUUCUUUCACUCUGAUACGAUGUUCCUUCCAGUUUAGGUUAAUCAGAAAACACAAAAUCAGAGUUCAUGCUUUCUGCAGAAUUGCAGUCUGAGACCUUACGGGGUCAUAUGGUAUGACGGAUAAGCAAAAACAGUCAUGGGAUAAAAAUUUAGUACCGCCUUAUCCAAUGUUUGGUUGGGAUAAGAUCCUGGGAUAACUAAUCCUGGGAUUGUAGUGCUACUUUUAUCCCACAUUGAGGGUGGGAUAACAAUCCCGGGAUAACUAAUCUCGCGAUAAUUAAUCCCGAGAUAACUUGUUCCCCAACCAAACGAGCCCUAAAUCGUUGAUGCAAAAGCAUUGAGUAAUACAACUCUCUUUUCAGCAGUAGCAAAACAUGGAUAAAUCAUAUAUCAAUCAUUAAAACUUUACACUAGAUUCUUAAUCAUCAACUCAGUGCUAACUUCAUUGUCACGGAGACUUUUUGGGAUUUGAGAUUUAGAAGGGGUUUUCAAGAUGUGGAAGUGAGUGAGUUUCAAAGAUUGAUAGACUUAUAUUAUAGGCAAGUCAAUCCGGUGGAUAAUCCCGAUUUGUGGCGGUGGGGCCUGGGAAAUAAUGGAGUGUUCUUUGUGAAGUCUUUUAUGAGAAACUUUUGGUUAGGGAGGAGGUUGAUUUCCCAUGUAGUGCAAUAUGUAUUCCAAGUGUGCUGAAGGUGUGUUUCUUUACCUAGCUUACCACUAGAAGGAUAAUUUUGACAGCGGAAAAUCUUAGGAAGCAGAAGAUUGUCUGUGUCAGUUGGUGUUACAUGUGCAAGGAGGCGGGCGAGGACGUGAACCAUCUUCUUCUACAUUGCAGGUUUACCAUGAGAUUAUGGUGGGAUAUAUUUAAGCGGUUUCGAACUCCUUGGGCAAUGCCAAGAAGUGUGAAAGAGUUGACGUUCAAUUGGAAGAGUGAGAAAAGGAGGAGAAGACGAAGGGCUUGGAACGUGGUUCCACUUGCGUUAAUGUGGGUGGUUUGGAGAGAGAAAUAGGCGAGCUUUUGAAGGAGUAGGGUCGAGUUUCUCUCAGUUGAGGAGUAGCCUCCGCUCCCUUAUUGUCUUUUGGUGUAAACAGAAAGUUCCUUGUAGUGUAGAUGACUGGGCGGAGUUUGUAGAGAAUCAUAUUGUGUAGAUGCUUUACCUGUUGGUAUAUCCCUUGUAUAUGGCUAGUUUGGCCACGUUUAUGAAUGAAAAUACCUUUACUUGGUAAAGAAAAACUUCAUUGUCACUAUGACAGUUGAAAAAGUUGGACUCCAUUCUUGGAAAAGGAGGAAAAAGAAACUCAUACAUAUAUUAUUUUCAAUUAGAUAUUCCAAAAAAAAGGAAGUUAGUAGAACGUCACCAAAAAGAAAAUGAAAUAUCUUGAACACUAAAUUUUUUUCCAUAUUUACUUGCUUUCUUUUAGUAAGAAAGUUAUUCCGUCCGUUUCAAUUUGUUUAUCUUACUUUCGUUUUUAGUCCGUUUCAAAAAGAAUGCCUCCUUUCUUUUGUGCAACGCUUUAAUUCUAACUUUCCACAUGGUAUGUUUAAGACUACAAGAUUAAAGGGCAUUUUGGUACAUUCUACAUAUAGUUUAAGACCACAAUAUUAAUAAGUCUUCUUUACUUUCUUAAAUUCCGUGCCAAGUUAAAACUAGACAAACAAAUUGAAUCUGAGGGAGUACUAAGUUUUCGUCCCCAGGGGUUGGUUCAAUGGGGAAAAAUUGAGGGACUUGUGUCUCAUAUCACAGGUUCGAGCCUCGCGCCAAGCCAACUAACUCUGGAAUUUAAGUGGAGAAGGGUAGAGGGGCGGACCCAUCAUCCCUGAGUUUCGCAUGCUGUGGUUAGCCCAAAAAGGGUUGGCUCCAAAUGAAUUUCUCGAUCAACAAAAAAAGAAAAAAGAAAAAAAAAAAGGAAGUUACUAUUUCUAAGAUUACUAAAUCUGAAAUAGAUUUUAGAUAAUCUAUUUCAGAUUUAGUAAUCUUAGUAACUUCCUCUUUUUUUGAUUCGUUUCCUGAUCAAUUUUUUUUUUUUUUAAGAUAUUAAGAUGAAAUCUAAAAUGAAUUCCAUCUAUUCAAGGAAGUAUAAUUACAGUCAGAAGUUCAAUUUUUUUUGGGGGAUGUGAUUUUAAAGACAAAAAAUAAGGAAACAAAUUGAUUGAAAAUUACAACUAAUGUAUAUAGCCCAAAUACUAAUUUAUUAAUAUAAAGAUACAAUGUUUCUUGCAGCUUCGGAUCAUCAGAAGACAAAAAAUCAGAGUUUAUUUUUCUGCAGAAUUGCAGUCUAAGAUCUUUAAUAUUUGGUGCAAAAGCAUCGAGUAAUACAACUCUGUUUUCAACAGUAGCAAAACAUGGCUAAAUCAUAUAUCAGUCAUUAAAACUCUGCACCAGAUUCUUAAUCAUCAACUUAGUACUAACUUCAUUGUCAUUAAGACGGUUGAAAAAUUUAAGGUAAAUGAGAACUAAGGACUUCAUUCUUGAAAAAGGAGGAAAAAGAAAAACUUCAUAAGUAGUAUUUCCAAUUUAAUAUUCCAAAAAGAAAAGGAAGUUAGUAGAUGGUGAUCUGAAUACUAGUAUUUGCACCUUCACCAAAAAACAAAAAGAAAUAUCUUCAAUGCUAAUUUUUUCCAUAUUUACUUGCUUUCUUUUAAAAAGAACGUUACUAAGUUUACGUCCCCGGGGGUUAGUUCAACGGGCAAAGGAUUAGGGACUUGUAUCUCAGGUCCCAAGUUUGAGCCCCGUGCCAAGCGAAUAAACUCUGGUAUUUAAGUGGGAGAAGGGCCAACUAACUCUGUUAUUUAAGUGGAGAAGGGCAGAGGGGAGGGCCCAUCAUCCCAGAGUUUCGCAGGCUGCGGUUAGCCCAAAAAGUGUCGGCUCCAGAUGCAUUUCUCGGUCAACCAAAAAAAAAAAAGAAUAAAAAGGAAGUUACUAAGAUUACUAAAUCUGAAAUAGAUUAUCUAAAAUCUAUUUCAGAUUUAGUAAUCUUAGUAACUUCCUUUUUCUUUUUGAUUCCUUUCCUUAUCAAUUUUUUUUAGAUAUUGAGAUGAAAUCUAAAAUAAAUUCCAUCUAUUCAAGGAAGUAUAAUUUUAGUCAGAAGUUCAAUUUUUUUAGGGGAUGUGAUUUAAAACACAGAAAAAUAUAAGGAAAAAAAUUGAUUAAGGAAAAUUACAAUUAAUGUAUAUAGCCCAAAUACUAAUUUAUUAAUAUAAAGAUACAAUGUUUCUUCCAGCUUCGGAUCAUCAGAAGACAAAAGUUCAGAGUUUAUUUUUCUGCAGAAUUGCAGUCUAAGACCUUAAAUAUUUGGUGCAAAAGCAUCGAGUCUUUCCAGCAGUAGCAAAACAUGGCUAAAUCAUAUAUCAGUCAUUAAAACUCUACACCGGAUUCUUAAUCAUCAACUUAGUACUAACUUCAUUGUCAUUAAGACAGUUGAAAAAGUUAAGGUAAAUGAAAACUAAGGACUUCAUUCUUGAAAAAGGAGGAAAAAGAAAAACUUCAUAAGUAGUAUUUCCAAUUUGAUAUUCCAAAAAGAAAAGGAAGUUAGUAGAUGGUGAUCUGGAUACUAGUAUCUGCACCUUCACCAAAAAACAAGAAGAAAUAUCUUCAACGCUAAUUUUUUCCAUAUUUACUUGCUUUCUUUUGUAAAGAACGUUACUAAGUUUACGUCCCCGGGGGUUAGUUCAACGGGCAAAGGAUGAGGGACUUGUAUCUCAGGUCACAAGUUUGAGCCCCGCCCCAAGCAAAUAAACUCUGGUAUUUACGUGGGAGAAGGGUAGAGGGGUUGGCUCAUCAUCCCCAUGUUUCGAAGGCUCCAUUUGGCCCAAACGGGUUGGCUCCAGAUGAAUAUCUUGGUCAACAAAAAAAAAAAAAAGCUACCAAGUUUACUAAAUCUAAAAUAGAUUUCAGAUAUUAAGAUGAAAUCUAAUAUAAAUUCCUAUCUAUUCAAGGAAGUAUAAUGACAGUCAGAUGUUCAAAACUAGAAUGUGAUUUUAAAGAAAGAAGAAAAUAUAAGGAAAAAAAUUUAGCAAGGAAAAUUACAGUUAAUGUAUAUAACCCAAAAAAUAAUUUAUUAAAUUUUAUUCUCUAACAACAACAUACCCAAUGUAAUCCCUUUGGUAAGGAAAAGCAAGACACAUCUUCAGUUU